GUACGAGGAGCGGAGAGUUGGCGGUGACUGCAGAGGCUGGGUAGGGACCAGGAGAGGUUUGGCGUGGUGUAGAGCGGGGUCGUGUUGGUUCUCAACCUGGGGUAAAUAGGAGGAAGAGUCGAGGGUGAUGGUCGCUAGCGCUCAGAGCAACCAAAGCGAAGUCAACAGCGGAUCCAAAGGGGAGCCGGUGGAAGCACGAGCAGCAGCAGCACGAGAAUUAGCGGGAGAAAGAGGAGGAGGGUGGUGGUGAAAAGGAGAGAAGUUGGUGCGGUUGGCGCGACACCCCUUGGGCGUGUCAAUGGCGCACAACGGGCUGCUGGAAAGGAAGAAGACGGGUAUGGUUGUCCUCUUUAUGUGGGCGUGCUUUGUGGCGAUGGCGGCCGUGAUGCCUGUCGAUGCGACGACGUACGCCGAUCUUCUGCAAGUUGUGACCACAGCGAAUUCGUCGUGUUCUAUCGUGGUUCAUUCUGACGUUUUGCUGUCUGGCAAUCUGCCAAUAAUCGACCCUGAGAUCUGUCAGACACUGACAAUCACUGGGGCCUGCGGCCGGCGUCUUUGCAAGAUCGAUGGUGGCGGGAAAUACAGUUUCAUCCGUGGUCCUCAUCUGAGCUCUGUCCACUUAGAGAAUUUGGAAGUCACGAGAUGCAGGUCCUCUGCCUCUCUGUUCUCCGCCCCCGUUCUGUACGUUCAAGCAGGUGCGACCAUCCGGAACUGUCGAUUCGCGGGGAACGUGAACGUGGGGCAAGGAGGAGUAAUCUCUGCCUUCGAGGGUGAGAUCACGAUCUCCAACUCCGAGUUCUCGCUCAAUAGGGCAAGCAGCGGAGGCGCCAUUCAUGCAGACUCCUUCGCGACAUUGACAAUGACGAGCGUCAAAUUUGUGCGCAACUUGGCCACGAAAGGCGUCGGCGGCGCAAUCAAUAACGUCGAGAGUACGCUGCUCUGUCAGAACUGUGUGUUUGAUAUGAACAGAGCGCGCGAUGGCGGCGCCGUUGCGCUGUCGGAUGACGACGGAACGGAUGCUGUCUUCACGAGCUGUCGGUUCUCAGGAAACCGCGCGACCAAAAAGGGCGGGAAAGGCGGUGCCGUUCUCGUGGGUAUCAUUAGCCCUGGCGCCAAGUUUUGCCGCUCGACGUUUGUACACAAUGUCGCGCUAGACAGGAGAGGAGGAAGGUAUGUUACGCAACACGUAUGGAUAGAUAUGGACGAAAUGAGUGUCGAGGAUUCCACCGUAGUGUUCUGCCCUGCUAGGCCGGCUGCCGGUGUGUUCGUCAGGCCUGCUUUCGCGGCAAACGUGAAGAACGACUGCUCCGUCUGUUGAUGGAUGGAAUGAUAAUAUGAUUGCUUGAUGAUUACUGACUUUUGAGAGUUUUAAUCGUUUUCUUGAUUCGCUGAUCGACUGACUGAUUGACUGACUGAUUGGUUCAUUGGUUCAUUUGUUGACUAAUUAAUUUGAUUAAUUGAUCGUCAACAUAGGCAGAGAGGAGGGUCGAAAAUGUAGAUGAGAACGCCUCAUAGGGGAGACGGAAUUUGGUAUUAGAGACGGAGGGGUUCUUUUCCUUCCUUCCUUCCUCUUGUCUCGUGUUACUUUUUUUUUCUUUUUUUUUUUCGUGUUACUUCGAUUUCUUCGGUCUCGAGUUCUCCGGCUGCUGUAAGCUCGACGUCUUCGAGGUCGGAGUGGUAUUACAACCGCGCUCGAGAUUUUCUUGGUAUAAUUCCGGCGGAAAUACCUUGCCCUCUCUCUCUCUCUCUCUCUUUCACUGUCUCUCGUCUUCGCCCACCCUUACUCGGUACGGGCUGUUCGUGCAAUCGAACACGCAAUAGCACCAUUUAUAAAUGUAUUGCUUGGCGAUGCAACUGCUCGGGACGUGGACUCCCACGAACGGUCAUGAAAAAGCAGUCUCUCAGUCGAGAUGGCGCGACGCCCUUCACCGCUCUCUUCGAUCUCUUUCACUUCUCGUGGUGCGCAGCAGGUCACAACUUAGUACAGAGCGGAACGUUGAUCCGCUGCGCUCGAUUUCUUCUCGACAUAAUAUAGCUUCAAUACCUCAUCGGGGGAACGGAGCCGUAGCUACAUUGCAUCAGCAGAAGGUAAAGAGAGAACCGAUAGAACAGAUGGAGGCGAAGGAGAGAGAGAGAGAGAGAGAGAGAGAGAGAGAGAGAGAGAGAGAACAUGCCUGUCUUUGGACUGUAUGCAUAUUGCUUUUUGCGAAAGUCGCUACAUCUAGACGAAGUGUUCUCUUGCCGUCGGUCUAUGUUCUCACGCUCCGCAGACUUCCAAGCAAUCGGUAGUUUCUUUUUUUUUUUCGCCCGUUUGCGUGGCAAGCCGUGUUGGGUUUGCCCAACAGACAACGUGUUGUUUCGCUGUCGAUUACAUUCGCGCAACGGCCGUCAGUUCUCUAGCCGUACGGCGCCACAGCCUCGGCACUGAUGCGCAUGCGCACUUGCAACAUUGGCGUGUGUAGAAUUUGAUCCUGUUGUUGUCUACUGGAGCAGUAUUAUUGCCGAGCAUGCACAGUGCGUACGACUUUGCCACGCAAUCCUCUCUCGUGCGCACGUGCGAUUGGUCGGCUGGAUGGUUCUGUAUUUCUAUUCCGUUCGAUCAACUUGGCGCGCCUUGGAAGGCGUGUGUCCCGAUCCAAAUGUACAGUUAUUCUCGAUUGAUACUUAGCGUCGUCUUAGUGUGUAGUGCCCUCUGGGUGAUUGUCCAUCAUAUGCUGUAGACAGCAUUGGGACUGUGAAACAUGAUGGUGGGCUGGAGAGAGGAUUCGAAUUGUUCACCUGUCGUCGAUCGAGUAAAAGAAUAGUUUUUUAUGGGCCUUGUGUAUGCCGCCCGUUCAGCCACUCUGGGUUAAGACUUGUCGCUGGCUGGUUUGUUCACUGAAAGACGAUUUGCCACUCCUUGCUACAGUAACUAUCGUUGACAAUAAACUGAUGGAGAGGGAGGGAGGGGCAAGCGUGGUGAGUGGACCCGGGGACGACGAACCGAUCCUCGGAUCCCGAUUGACAUCUCUCUACUUUAUUUCACUUUUUUUUGGGGGGUGGGGGUUGUUCUGAUUUUCAUUGCUCUCUAUGACGUUGUCGCUUGCACCCUCGGUGACGAUGGGGUUAUGCCUUCUUUUUUCCGUUCUCAAAUUUAUUAUUAUUGUAUUUUAUUUUUUUUUUAUUUCUUUAUGCACGUAUGUACCAUCACUAUUGCCACGUCGUACGUGGCUCGCUGCCUACGAGUUGGUCUUCCUCCUCUGCUGCCGCUCGUCAACGA